AUGUCCAAUUUAAUAAAACUCUUACCUGAUUCAGUUGCCAAUCAGAUUGCAGCUGGUGAAGUAGUCCAGCGGCCUGCUUCAGCCGUGAAAGAGUUGUUAGAAAACUCAAUUGAUUCAGGAGCAACUUCCAUUCAGUUGAUAGUGAAAGAUGCAGGAAAAACAUUGAUUCAAGUAAUCGAUGAUGGAUGUGGAAUGAGCGAAACAGAUGCUCGUAUGUGUUUUGAGCGUCAUGCUACUUCCAAAAUUAAAGGAACUAAGGAUUUGUUCAGUAUUCGCACCAAAGGAUUUAGAGGAGAGGCAAUGGCUUCUAUUGCGGCUGUAGCCCAAGUAGAAAUGAAGACCAAACUUCACAAGGAAGAACUGGGAACAAAAAUACAGAUUGAAGGGAGUAAGGUAUUAUUACAAGAACCUGUACAGACUAAAAAUGGAACCUCUAUUUCCAUUAAGAAUUUGUUUUUCAACAUUCCGGCUAGGCGAAAUUUUUUAAAAUCUAAUCAAGUGGAAGUUCGUCAUAUCAUUGAUGAAUUUCAACGAGUAGCCUUGACUCAUCCUGAAGUGUCCUUCCAGAUGAAGCACAAUGGAACGGAGACAUUUAAUUUACCUAAGGGAACUCUCAGACAAAGAAUAGUAAACGUAUUUGGGAAAAAAUUCAAUCAGACUCUAGUACCAAUUGAUGAAAAAACAUCCAUCCUUAAUUUGGCUGGAUUUAUUGGGAAACCCGACUACGCUAAAAAAACGAGAGGAGAACAGUUUUUCUUCGUUAAUAAGCGAUUUAUUAAAAAUGGGUAUUUGCAUUUUGCAGUGAUGCAAGCUUAUCAGGAUUUAAUUCCAGCCAAAAGUUAUCCUUCUUAUUUUAUUUACUUAGAGAUGGAUCCAGCUAGUAUUGAUAUUAAUAUUCAUCCUACUAAAACGGAAAUUAAAUUUGAAGAUGAAAAGGCUAUUUAUGCCAUUCUUAAUUCUGCAGUCAAGCAAUCCAUUGGAAAAUAUCAAGUAGCUCCUUCGUUAGAUUUUGAACAGGAGACAAGCUUCAAUGUAGAGCCUUUUCAAAAAGGCAUGGAAGUGAAAGUUCCUCAAAUAAAAGUCAAUCCGAAUUUUAAUCCUUUUGACAAAGAAAAAAAUAAAGAAAUGGAAUUUGAUAAGGAUGAAGUUGAACAAGCAUCUACUCAAAACUUAAUGGAGGUAGAAACGGAAAAGAAAAUUUUUCAAAUUCAUAAUCGGUAUAUUUAUUCCCAAAUAAAAUCAGGAUACAUACUCAUAGACCAGCAGAAAGCGCAUGAAAGAAUACUCUAUGAGAGAUUCAUUCAAUCACUCGAAAACCAAUCUAAUGCUUCACAACAAGAGUUAUUUCCGGUUCACAUUGAAUUUUCGUCAGCUAAUUUUGCUAUUUUAAAAGAGAUUUGGGAGGAAGUAACAGCCAUUGGGUUUGACAUUGUUGAGUUUGGAAAGAAUACCAUCUCAGUAAAUGGAAUUCCUGCAGACAGUACAGAGUCUGAUUAUCAGCAGUUAUUCGAAAGUAUCAUCGAACAGUUUAAGAACAACCAAGAUCAACUAAACCUAGAUACAAGAGAAAAUGUAGCCAGAGCAAUGGCAAGGAAUAUGUCAAUAAAGAGAGGUAAGGUGUUGUCUCCUACUGAGAUUACUCAGUUAACAAAUGAAUUAUUUGCUUGUUCCAAUCCAGAAUAUGCACCUAAUGGAAAAAGGACUUUUAUUACAGUAACUUUGGAUGAAUUAGAAAAAAGAUUUAAAUAA